AUGGCGAUGGCGCCUGUGACUGGCAGUGCCACGGCUCGUCUCCUGCUGAAUAGUUUUAUAUUGGCUAUCUUUACAGCAUAUGUGAUCAUAUCAGCCCGUAUAUCAAAUGGAUGUGUCUCAGCUAUAGGGAUCUAUGAUCGGGACUCUCUGUUUCUUAUUAAAGAGUCAAUGGAGGGCCUGUUUGAUACAUGGGGCAGGUACAAACAAACGUUUCCCCCUCCUUUUAUCAUCUACUCGGAUUCACCUGAAUAUCUGCUGCUUUGUCGGGAGCCGGGAAAAGUCCACAGGAGAUCAAGGAAAAGAGGCUCGCGUUCCGGAGUCCAGGUCAAACGAAGACGCGCUGCAGCACGCAUGGAAUCUGUCUUCCUCGGCCAUGGAGACCGAGCAAGGUGUUUACGCCGGAUCCCUCUCCUCAAUGUGUGUGACAGCACACCCACGCUGCCGCCUGCCUGGACCACAAGGACAGCUUUUGAGCCUACACAGCGCUGGAGUAUUGGUCAGUGGCCUCCAUCGUGUCCACGCUCUUCAGUGUUUACGCCGGUUCCUCCUGCACUGUCCAGCUGGAGCCCACGCGACCGCUGGUCAUGCCUUCGACCAAUCCCGCUGCGUUCCGCAGACACUGCCUCCGUGACAUCAUAA